AUGGAAAUAAUUGUAGGUAAUCAGUUCCGCGUCAAGAAGAGAAUUGGCUGCGGAAGCUUUGGCGAAAUCUUCUUAGGUGAAGAUACAAAGACAGGAGAUGAAGUAGCUAUUAAAUUAGAGCCUACAAAAACAAGAUUACCUCAAUUAUUCUACGAAUACAAGCUUUAUUUAAUACUUGCAACGGGAGUUUGUAUUCCCAAAUUCUUUUGGUAUGGAACAGAAUCGAAUUAUAAUAUUUUAGUCAUGGAAUUACUCGGAAAAUCGUUAGAUGAACUCCAUCAACUUUGCGGGCAUAAAUUCUCUCUUAAAACUACAUUAAUGUGCGCAGAGCAGCUCAUUUCAAACAUUGAAUACAUUCAUAGCAAAAAUUUUAUUCAUCGUGAUAUUAAACCCGAAAAUUUCCUUAUGGGAAGAGGAAAUGCGAAAAACCAAAUCUUUAUGAUCGAUUUCGGCUUAUCAAAGAAGUUCAGAGACCCUAAAUCUCAUCAACAUUUACCAUUUACUGGCGGAAAGGAUAUGAUAGGCACAGCGAGAUAUGCUUCCGUCAAUGCAUCGAAUGGAUUCGAGCAAUCACGCAGAGAUGACUUAGAAGCGAUUGGAUACGUUUUUGUUUACUUUUUGAAAGGAGAAUUACCAUGGAUGGGCCUUCAUGCCGAUAAUGAAGCCGAGAAGUACAAGAAGAUAGCAGAAGUUAAAUCUAAUACGUCUUUGAUCCAAUUAUGUUCAGGAAUUCCAACUGAAUUCAGAAUUUUCAUUGAAAAGGUUCGUCAGCUACAAUUUGAUGAAGAACCGCAUUAUGCAGAGUACAGAGCAAUGUUCAGAAACUUAUUUAUUCAACAGGGAUUCGUUUACGACUAUAAUUACGAUUGGUCAUCGCUUGUUAGCGAAGAAUCAGGCGUAGUUCGUUCAACACACAUAAAAGCUGAGACAGAACUACCUACUGGGUUCCCACAAAAGACACAGGCAACAAAUCCUCAAUCAGCAAGGAAAACAGAGAGACAGCCAGCUCCAAAAGAUGAUAAGAAGGCUGCUCAUCCUAAGGGAUCUGCUCCUGGCUGGGGAAGCUUUGGAAAGAAGAAAUAA